GCCACCCCUGCCCCUACCAACCUGCAAGCAGCAGCGAGGAGGAGAAGAAGGGGGCAAAACACAACAACAGAACUUGUCAAACAAGCACACACACACACACACACACACACACACACACACACAAGCAGGCAGCUGAGGAAACAGCCAGCCAAGCAAAUAGACAAGCAAGCACCACCCUCUGUACCAUACCUCCUCCAUAGCCCCAUUCAUCACGCGUGCCGUGCCAUGGCCACUGCAGAGCAGUCGCUGCAUGACCUCGCAGCGCAGGGUGACGUGCUGCAGCUGAGCGACUUCCUCGCCCACUAUGGACGGCUCGGCAUUGACGAAGAAGACGAAGCGGGCCAGACGCCACUGAUCAUCGCCACACAACAAGGGCACUUGAACGCCGUCAAAUUCCUCAUCGCCCAAGGCUCAGAUGUGCGAGCUGUCGAUAGCGAAGGGCGGGCAGCGCUGCACUGGGCGUGCGCACAGGGCUUCCACAAGAUUGUGCAGGUACUGGCGAAGGAGGCGCCUGAGAUGGCGACGGUGCAAGACGUGCUUGGCUGCAUCCCGCUGCAUCUGGCGGCACAGGCUGAGUCGUCAAAGGUGAUCAAAGCCAUCAUCCCCGUGUCACGCGACAACAUCGACCUGCCAGACACAAACGGCCUGACGCCGGCCCACUGGUGCACAUCGCAGGGCCGUUAUAAGCACCUUGCCGCCCUCAUCGAAAACGGUGCAGACUUGAUGACGUGCGACCAUCAGGGCCGAACUGUUCUCCACUGGACAGCCAUGAACGAGUCGGACAAAUGCUGCAAGCAGAUUAUGGUGUUUGAGCCAAACACGAUCAACGUUCAGGAUGAGACUGGAUCCACAGCGCUCAUGCUUGCGAUCCAAGAGAACAACGUGCCCGUGAUUGCGGCGCAGUUGUCGUCGCGGCGCUGUAACUUCUCUCUGGCGGACACAGAUCGCCGUACAUGCGUUCAUUGGGCCACGCUUGCAGGCAACAGCAGCGUGCUGCAGCAGCUGCUGCAAUAUGGCGGCAACGCGAGCGAGGGCGAUAUCCAUGGCAUGCAGCCCGUGCACAUGGCGGUGCAAGGGGACGUGGGCUGCCUGGAGGUGUUGGUGCAGCUGGGAGUGGAUAUCAAUGCCAUUGACGGGGAAGGCCGCACCCCUCUCUUUCUCGCAGCUGCACAAGGCCACACGGCCGCUGCAGAAGUGCUGCUGUCAAACGGAGGACUGGUUGACAUCCAGAACCACGACGGCCACACCGCACUGCACAUGGCCGCACACGAGGGACACACAGACAUGUGCUCCCGCCUCAUCAAGGCUGGUGCACGUGUCGACGUUCGCGACACAGAGGGAAACACACCACUGCUAUAUGCGUGUACAAACACACAAACGGAGGCCUGCGAAGUGCUGUUGAAAGCUGGAGCAACUGUCACGACGGGCGAUGUUGAAGGCCGCACGCUUGUGCACUGGGCGGCUAUCACGGGCUCUGUUGCCAUCACAACACUGUUGCACUCACACCACGCGGACUUUAACGUCCACGACAAGUUUGGGCGCACCCCGCUGCAGUAUGCGGCGUUCCACGGACACGUGGAUGUAAUUCGCGCUCUUCUGGACAGCGGCGCCGAUAUUCACGCGCACGACACGGAGGGCGUGACGGCCUUGCACUGGGCAUGCUCUGCAGGACACGGACCCGUCAUUGAGCUGCUGGUUGAGCGGGGUGCGAAGGUGAACGCGAUGGAGCUUGGAUACAACCGCACCCCACUCGACUACGUGCUUGCUGUUGAGGACAGCGGUGUUCGGGAGGCGCUGGUGGACUACCUUCGUCUGUACGGCGGGCAGACCAUUGGCGAACUCAAGCCCUGGGCAGCGAGGAUGAUACAGCAGUGGUGGCGGCGCGCACAGGCACGCGUGCUGGCACGCAAAGACAGAGGGGCGAACAGCGGGGAGAAGAAAGAAGAGGACACGGAUGUGGACGAGAAGACGGUGGAACGGGGGGAAGGAGAGGAGGGAAAGAAGAAAGCGGUGGAGGUGGAGGAGGCAGAGGGGAAGGAGGGAGAGAAGAAAGAAGGGAAGGUUGAUGCGACAGAUGUGGAUGCAUAUGCAAAGGAGACCAGAGACGUUGCUGGCGAACAAAAUGGUGAUGACGAAGGGAACGUGAGCAAUGGCGGACAGCAGAAUACCAACAGUGAUGGCCAUGGCGAUGGUGGUGGCGAUGGGAGACAGCAGAAGGGUCAUAAGAGCGCAGGGAGCGAUGGAGGCGAUAAUGACCCGACGCAGCAAAAUCAAAGCAACAACGACUCCUCUUCCGCUGAGGUGAACAACAGCGAUGAAGAUGGUGAGACUGCAACCACUACCAGCCCAAACCACAGCGACAACGGGAACCUUGAUGAGAAAGACAACAGCAACAGCAGCAAUAGCAGCAACAACAGCAACAACAGUGACGGCAACAGUGACAGCAACGGCAACAUCAACAGUGACAGCAGCAGCAGUCUUCUGCCAUCGCGCCCCAUGUCGGCUUCGGCGCGUCGGCAUUUGGAGGAGCAGGACAGACGCAAGAUGCGCGCACAACUGGAGGCCGCAAGCGAGAGCGCAGACACAGCGGUGUCUCGUGUGUCGCUGAAGGAGCAGUUUGUGCAUCGUUUCAACAGCGUCGCUGGACGAUGUCGUGCAGACGCGACGAGAGCACAGCGGAUCAGACGAACAACGGACGCCGCCAUCACCAUUCAGCGCUCAUUCAAGAGAUACUUGAAGCGACGUGAUCUUGAGCGGAAAAUGUCUGCAUGGCUCGAAGCGCAACCAACGGCAACGCGCAAACCACUACCGCCACCAUCAUCAUUGAGCACAAUCCGUCGUGGCAGCAGCAGUGGCAGCGGCGAGAAUGCUGGAGGCGAUGAACGAAUGAAGACAACACUACGGCGGAGGCCACAGCAGCAACCCCCGACACAGACCAUGCGUGAGGUUGCUGCUCUCACCAUCCAGCUCUGGUGGCGCCGGUACCUGAGGAAGAAGCUUGCGGAACAGAAGCGGCGCGAGCGAGAGGAGCGUGUGCGCUUGCGGCCCUGGACACCACAGAUGAUGAGUACAUAUCAGGGCCUGCGCUUGAACAAGACGUACGGCACACGCGUGCCGCGUGUUUCAAGUUUCAAACCCAAACCGGCGGCUGCACCCAUUCGACCAGCAUACAUGUUCCACCUGCCGUCAUCAGCAGAGCGGUCGUACUCGUUCGCAGUGUCUGCGUACUAUUCGCCGUCUGCGCUGGAACACCUCGCCACACUUUCCAGUGAGCGCAACUCGGCGUCGUCGUCGCAUAUGCCCUCGCACGUGACCUCCACACAUCGCCACUCUGCGAGAACAACAACAACAACAGCACGUUCGAUGGCUUCAGCUUCAGCCUCCUUUCACCGAUGAGCUCUUGUGCUUUUCCACCACGCGGUUCGUGUGUUGACUGUGCUGACCAUCACGUAAGUUGCCGAGGAUGGUUGCAGACCCUGGAUGCAAUGAGACGGCAACCACUCGCUUCC